AUGCAAUCCCAGCCCCAGCAGCGCCGCCGCAGCUCUUCGGGUGUUGCUGGGAUCGACAUCAUCACACCAUCGACAAGACAUGACGACACGGUGAAAAGGAUGGUCCUGCGCAGGUUUCGACGCACAAUGAGGCGGCUCUUCGGCGGACGCUGGAAGCAGAUGAGCGACGGCGAGGUCAAGGAGCUGGAGAAGAAGAUCAACGCUGAAAUGCGCACCGGCACCUUCCGCCCCGUCGAGCGCGCCGUGCAGCCCCCGACCGGCGACGAUCUGUGGCAGCAGCAGGAUGUCGGCGGCGGCGGCGGCGGCGGGGCCGACAGGCUGCCCACCAUGUCGUCCGCCAAGCGGUCCACGGUUGUCUCACAGGCGUCGCGGGGCCAGAGUUACGACGAGUACGGGGACGACUACGGCGGCUACCAGGACGCCUACGCCGGCGGGGCAGCGAGCAGCGAUUCUGGGUACGGGCCUGGCUACUACGACCGCGUCCCGCCGCGGCAGCCCGUCAAAGCGCCCGAGUACUACGUCCCGGCCGGCGGGCCCUUCGACAUGCCCGAGGCCAGGCCUGAGUCUGUGUACGACGGGGGCUCGCGCGCGAACAGCAUGAGGAGCAACAUAACGCGCACCAGCCGGCGGCCAAGCUACUACCCGCCCAACUCGUUUACGUACGGGGAGAACAGGGCGUACUCGAUGCGAUCCGACCCGGGGAGGAUAUACGCCCGGGCCCCAGUGCCGCGUAUGUCUCUGCGGCCGCAGCCAUCCUGGGACGGGCGUUAUUACGGCGGCGGGGAUCGAGGCUAUGCGUACGGUGGGGGAGAAAACGGUUACCGCGGUUGGAACGGCCAGGAUAUCGAGGAGCAGGAGUAUCCUUACGAAGGCCAAGGUAUCCAUUACGAGGAUUACCAGUACCAGGACCGACAGUACCCAGAGCGCUGA